AAUUAGCGGGUCCUUGGCAAGGAAGAGUCGGAGAGGUUCCAGGAAGAGGUUCCGUUUCCGUGUGGGUCUUCUCUGGCGUCUCUCUCUCUCUCUCUCUCUGUUUCUCUCUGGGAGCGGAAAUAGGGGCGGUGGAUUCCAAUCUCUAAUGUCGACCACUGCUUUGUUGGAAUCGAAAUCGAAUAAUCUUCCUUGGCUGCAGCGGGAGAGGUGUGGACUUUGUUUGACGCUCGCCGCGUUCAUGCAUUGAGGUGACCGCCGGACCGUAUCGUCGCCAGUCGUCGACUUCUUAUUCAGAUGGUCAGGCUGUCAUGCUCUCCCAUGACAGCCUGAUCUUGAUUUCCGUCGUCGACUUCCUUCUUGGAGCUUCCCGGUUUUCCCUUAUUGGUUUCGUUUGCAGGUGUACAAAAUUUGCGAUUAAAAUCCUGUGAAUACUUGGAGUUUCCUGUACUUGAAGCAAUUAUCUUGAUUGGUGCGGCAAGGUUCGGUCUCAUUUCUGACGAUGGGGUCCUAUACCGGGCUUCUGCAUAGACCUUUCGCUGCUGCAGCCGCUGCUGCGGUCGCAGCGGUAUCUGCAGAUGUUCAUGACAAGUUUCCUGUAAAGUUCCAUGACAGUUCGACUACUGAGUUAACUAAUUCUUUUCUACCAAGAGAAUCACCUCCAGUCUCCAAUUCCAGUUCAUCAUCCAAAUCAUUCAUAUCAAUAGAUAUUUCACUUCUCAACUGUUCACAUUCAUCUGUAGUACCAAGAGUUCUUGUGCCUACUUCUGUUACCGAUGCUCCCUGUCCAGUACCAAUUUCUCAUCUUCCGAGAUCCCAGUUGUCAAAGGUGUUUGAUAUGAAGCUUCCUAGUUCUUCUUCUCCAUAUUCCGUACCCUCUGCUUCUCCUGCUGUGCUUGGUCUUUUGUAUCAAUCCGCCAAUUUAACCCCUGUGAAGAAACUUCAGAAAUCUCUGCCAUCCAGUGAGUCCACUUCCUCUCCUGGCAGUCCUUCGGACGUAUUAUAUGAGUGGCAUUCCCCACAAUCUGGUUCAUGUGGAAUUGAAAGGGUUCCAAAGUGCUGUGGUGACACAUCCAAGACGACAGUUGUGUUGCUUGGUUGGUUGGGGGCAAAACAGAAACAUCUUAAAAGAUAUGCAGAGUGGUAUACCUCCAGAGGUUUUAAUGCAGUCACUUUCACCUUCCCUAUGAGUGAUGUUGUCAGUUAUACGCCUGGUGGAAAAGCAGAACAGCACCUGGGUCUGCUUGUUAACCAUCUCGCUCAUUGGAUGGGGGAGGAUGAUGGGAACAAACUGAUUUUCCACACCUUCAGCAAUACGGGCUGGUUGACGUAUGGUGUCAUUCUUGAGAAGCUAUCCCAUCAGGAUCAAUCUAUGAUUGAGAACAUCAAAGGUUGCAUAGUAGAUUCUGCUCCUGUCGCUGCUCCUGACCCACAGGUCUGGGCAUCUGGGUUUUCGGCUGCUAUUUUGCAGAAACAGAGUGUUGCCACAAAAGGAUCCAUUAGGCCAGUUGAAGGAGGUGUGGAGAUUAUAGUGGAUGCAAAUACACUAGCUUGUGAACGCAAGCCAGCAGUUACUGAAGCAGCUUUGCUUGCUAUUCUUGAAAAAUUCUUUGAGGUGGUUCUGAAUCUUCCUUCUGUGAACAAGAGGCUCUCAGAUGUACUUGACAUACUGUCCUCGAAGCAGCCCAAAUGUCCGCAACUGUAUAUAUACAGUACAGCUGACAGAGUGAUCCCAGCCAAAUCAGUGGAGUCUUUCAUAGAUGAGCAGCGCAAGACUGGACACAACGUUAGAGCUUGCAAUUUCAUCUUUUCUCCUCAUGUUGAUCACUUUCGCAAUAACCCAAGCCUCUAUAGUUCCCAGCUGACUGGUUUCUUGGAGGAUUGUGUACUCAUGUGCAAAGAGUCCUAAUUGAAACGGUCUAUUGUCCUCUAUUCCUUGAUAUCUUGUAUGGUUAUGGCAUUUUUAUCCGAUAACCAUAUGUGCUCGUUGAGCACCAUUCUUUUUGCAUUUCUUUUUGGGAUAUAAUUUCGGUUCCAAGAGAGGCUAUGAAAAUGACCAGUCUGAAAAGAAAAAUAAUUAUUUUACUGUGGAAAAUUCAUUGACAUGAUCUGCUGUAAUCUUGGAAGUGUUCCGUUUGUUUGCGACGUGCUAUAAAACUUCAGAAUUGUAGGCGGUAGUAUAUGGAGUUGUUGCACACUGUGAUGUGUUCUUAUUGCAGUGAAAGGUGCAUCAAAGUAAGGUACAGCACAUGAACUGUCGAGUGAAGUUCUAAGUUCUAACCAAAGCAACGUCUAAAACUGGUGGCGCUGUCAUUUUGUUGCCAGAUAUUUUUGUGGCGUUUUCCUCAUAGGGGUCGGUCGUUCUGGUAAUUAUUGUCCUCUUAAUUGAAAAGCAAGAAGUAAAACUUACGAAGCAGGUAUAGGUAAAAGGGGGUUCUGACGUAUUGUCAUGGUUGGGCUUGAAGCCUUGGAUACACAAGGCAUGAAGAUUUAAGACUGUUUAUGGCACUUUGCAAUUACAAACUGUUUCAUGUGCCAAAGGGGCCCAAAGAGAUCGAAUUCGGGUUGCGUUUGCGUGUUACCACAAAAAGAUUAGCAGGAUAUUGUAUCUACUUGAAUUUAUACUCGAAUAACAGAUUGUUUAUACUGCACUUAAAUUCCGAUCUUGAACAGAAAACCAAGCUGAUGUGAAGUUCCACUACAAUUUCAUCUGUAAAUAAGCAUAAACAGCAUGGAGAGGUGGUUUUGAAGCUAUGAGAAUGAAGAUCAGAGUCCUGGCUAGAAGUUGGAUCGGGCUGGUGGUCUGGGAGUCAAAACAUCUGAUAUGACACCAGCGUUGGAUCGACCGAAGAAAUAGAAAUAGAUGUCAGACGUGAUUCGGAUCUAAAUCUUACCCGUUUGCACCUAGACCCGUGCAGCCUGCCGGUGAGUUCAUAUGUACCGCCUAGCGCUCGAGCGGGGGACGCCCUUUGCUUUGGCUUCGGACCUCCCUCUCUCCCCCUCUGCUUCCCAUCUCGGCGAUUUAUUCUCUCUUGAUCUUCGCCUUAUACGCUUGCCGUCGCCGGUUACAUUCCGGUAAAGUUUCCUUCGUACCUCAUCCACGUAGAACAACAACAAUCCAGAAAGGGCAGGCGAGGCGGUGAAGGUUCGUGUCUAUGGCGGGGAGAGAAGUUCGUGAGUACACCAAUCUGAGCGACCCAAAAGGGCGGUCGGUUUUGUGAUGGUCGUCGCGGCGGCAGAUAAGAAAUGGGGGAAGGGAAAGGAUAGGAUCGAUGACGAGGAUAUCACCUUCCAGAGGAUGGUUGCCAAGGGAUUUUGGCGUCCUCCAUUGGCAUUUGGUAUAACUAGAUGCAAGAGGUUGCUGGAGAACGUGGCGGUUAUUUGCAUGGGAGAGGCGCCUUGGACAGUGAUGAUCUGCUCUAUCUAAAAGAGCAGAUGGAAGCUGAGGAAGAUGCUGAACGUCUUCUACAACGUGCAGAAAAGAGAGCAUUUGCUGCCUUUAAGAUAUCCUUAUGAGCUUUUUGAUCAUAUCUUUUUUAUAUCCUUGAAUAUGAAAUGUUGUUUCCUUUUAACUAAGCUACACAAGGCUGCUAGUCUUGCAGAUUCAACACCUGCAUCACUGCCAUUGCCCUUACGUGUAGAACCGAAGCCUAAAAGUGGGAUCAGACAGCAGGACCUUCUGAAGAGCAUCGUUGAAAUCAAGCCAAAACGGCAGAGGGUCUCUAGUCCCUCAAACGGGACGCAGACAAACCAAUUGAGCCCAGCUUCUGCAACUCAAGAUGCGGUAAAGGGGAAUCUAGACCAAGAAACAGGCAAGGGCUUGCCCACCCACAACAGAGAAGAUCAGAGUGACAAGAAACCGGAAGAGGCUGGCAAAAGCUUGCUAGGUUUGGCUUAUGAAAGUUCGGACGAGGACUGAAUUGACAAACAGGGGGCGACACAUGGUAUUACUGCAGAAAUGAGAUCAUUUGCACCUUGCAGAUAGCUUUACGACUUAUCCUCCAACUCCUUAGCUAGUCCUUUUCCUCCCCAUCUGAUCACCUAAUUCUCGUAUUAUGGGGUGGUAUUCAACCUUUGUAGAGGGUCAGUCAACAGAAAAUUUGCUUUUCUGGUCCUGGAUUUUGAUGUAUCUUGUGGAAGAGAAACCACUUAGCAUGGUGUGUUCCCCCUUGUAAUUGUGGAGGCCGAUAUAGUGGCAUCUUGCUGCAAAGGUGGGCGUUUAUUUUGUGCUGCUAAUCUGCUACAUUGUACCAAGUUCACCAUAAUUUAAUGUCGGCUCGUUACUAUUUCUUUCA